UAUAUUUCAUCUCUUGUGCUCGUGUUGUUGUGUUUUGUUUAGGUCAAAGAAUAUUUAGGAACCACUUUUGCUCUGUCUACGGUUGUAUUAUUUCAAAUUAAUCUGUAAUUAUUUUAUCUUCGGCUCGUGUGCUAGUAUUCCACCUUUGGAUAUUUCUUACGGCCACUGAUUUCUAGUUCUUAUCGAUGGGCUCCGGCUUCGUUUUAUGGACUUGGACCAUUUGGACGUGCCCGGUUUCUGGUUGAAAUUAUUAUGUCGAAGACAUCGAGUCUGCACUGUUACUUUGGGUGUGAAGAAGGAGCACUAUUGCAUGACUUCCCCAAGCCUCAUGUAAAAAGAUUUUCUGCUUGGAAGGCUGUGUUAAGUGAGGAGAGUAAACGAAAAGAUGACAUGUACAUUUAUAACACAUACAAGUUAUGUAACAAACACUUUGAAGAAAAUUAUUUGUCGUUAAAUAAACAGCUAACUAGGAAGGCAGUUCCAACACUAUUUUUAGAAUUUUCAGAUUCCAAUGGGGCCACAGUUGAAAAAAAUCUUCUCAAAAACAUGGGAGACAAUCAAAAAGAUCUGGAAGACCUCUGCAGAGUUUGUUUGAAUGCUUCCUAUUUUCAAAUGAAGUCUCUUUUGGAUACACAAAACGCGAAGAUUGUUCAAGACAUUGAAUUUUGUACUGGAGUUAUGUUCAAAUACGAAGCACACAAACCUUACCGAAUAUGCUCCGAGUGUCUGUAUAGCUUAUCAAUAGCUAAGGAGUUUAAAACAACCUGUAUAAAAUCUGAGGGGAUCAUCAAAGAGGCCGCUGUUAAAGUUGAAACAAAGGAAGAAUUUGAUUAUGUUGAUGGUGAUAAUCUUCCCAUGGAUACCGAUGUAGAGGAUGUGAAAAGUGAAGCUUCCAUAAUUGACCUGGAGAAUGACUGUGAUAACGAUGGAUCAGAAGUAUCAGAUCCAAAAGAUAGUGCUAAAUGUAUAAAACAAAAUAAAAAGCUUAAAGUAAGAAAAAAUACGAGAAAAUGUGAUAAAACGCAGAAACUGAAGAAGAAGCCCAGAAAACUGAAAGUCAUAAAAAAAGCUACACCUAAAACCCCUAAAGUUGUAAACAGGUUACAUUGUGAAAAAUGUGAUAUUAAGUUUGAUUCUGUAGAGGAAUCAAGAGCACAUAGGGCGAAAUUCCAUACAGAUAGUCAAUGUAUAUGCGAGGUGUGCGGCAAGACGCUGAUGAGCCGCGCGUCGAUGUCCACGCACGUUCGCUUCCACCGGCCACUGGACUACAGCUGCGACAGCUGCGCGUACAGGACGAACAACAAGUACGACCUCGGCAAGCACGUCAGGAUACACUCGGAUUUCAAGCAGUACCAGUGUCCGCUGUGCGUCCGCGCGUACUACACGAACUCGAAUCUGCACCAACACCUGCGGCGAAUUCACGGGGCAGGAGGGGGACGGCGAUUCACCUGCAGCCACGACGCGUGCGGGAAAUCCUUCGAGAACAAGUCUAAAUUGUUGAGGCACCAGGAUAUGCACGACAACAUAAAACGGCACCCAUGUACGGUAUGUGAUUCGGCGUUUACAAGACGAUGCUAUCUAAAGAAGCACCUAGAGAAACAUCACAACAUUACGAUCCCUAGACUCAAGUCAGGGAGGCGAAAAGAACUAAGAAUAAUCCACAAAAAUGAACCAGAAAUUACAUGAUAUACUGAUGAAGGUA